GAUCCAAAGUCGCGCUGAGACCGCAGCUGCCAGUAACGGGAGUCGGUGAAUCCUGGACCCUUAACAGGAGGGAUGCAGCACAGUGAGCAGUGGAUCCAAGGGGAAGAGCUAUAUUGGCUUUCGGUGAGUGCUGGAAAUUGGGACCCGGGGCCCUAUGAAGCAGCCAGAGCCACCUGGCCAUGCCGGAGGAGCCUGCAAGAGGACCAUACACCUGUACUCCGAAGCCAGGCACUGCACAGUUUUCUGACCGAUCUACACUGUGCUGGAAGUGCAGUGAAGAUAAGUGGCACAGUGUGCAGUGGACCCAUGAGGAAGAACCAUUGAUUCCCAGUGAGUGCUUAGGGAUUGGGUCCCGCGACUGCUGGUUGCUGGCUGGAGGACAUCUUGGAGUUGGGCAGAGCCCCGUGCUGUGGUGACAUCAGUCAGCCACCCCUGGUGCAGAGAGAACUGGCGGGGUCUACUAGGGCUGAGCUAUGCGUCUGGUUGGGACCCAAUAAGCAGGUACAAAAUUGUCACGACUCUGUGGCGUCCACAAGGUACAGCCUAACUUGUGGAUUGACUGGCUCAGAGGCUCGAGGCUAGCCUGCACAUCCCUGCAUCCCUGUGUGUACCUCAGAUAACAGCAAAUUGGGGAGGGCAGCAAAACCCCAGUCAGCACGCUUCAGGAAGACCCUAAGCAAUAUGGAGAGGUCCAGAGACCCCCAGGACACACCAGCCUGAAAGAAACCAGAAACAUGACAAGAGUGAGAAAUAAAAAAAAAAAAAAAAUCUCCAGCUGCCAAACCUGGGAAAAUAAGCCCAGGAGAAGUAAAUACAGAAGAGAACCAGUGCAGUAACCAUCCAAUAGUAGACACAGCAUCAGCGGACAGAAAGAAAUACCUUCAUGACCUCAUAGACAAAUUUAAAACUGUACUUCUGAUCCAAGUGAGGCAAGAUAUAAAAAGAUUAAUUAAAGAAAUGAUAAGCCUCUCCCAAGAGAACACAGAUGGAAGAAUGGAGGAAAUCAGAAAGGAAAGAGAAACCUUUGAUGAAGAAUUUAAACAUAACCUAGAAUAUAUGAAACAGAUCCAAAGAGAUUACCAGCAAACUAAAAGCUCCUUUGAAAAUCGGCAAAAUGCCUUGACAGAAACUAAAGUUAGUCUUUUGAAACUUGAAGAGAGAUUUAUGAUAUAUGAUUGCAAAAGAAAAGAUCUCUUAAAAAUAAGAAUGAACCAGAAAGAAACAAUUCAAAUGCUAGAAGAUGACAAAAGGACACAUAACGUAAGAAUAAAGCAUGUAAGCGAAGACGCAGGAGUAAUCAAAAAUGAACUACAAAGACUAUUCACAGAUAUAAUAAAGGAAAACUUCCCAAGCAUAGGAAAAAGAAAUGAUAUUUAGAUAAAUGAGCCAUGCAGAAUUCCAGCCACCUACAUCCAAAACAGAUCUAUACCCAGACAUAUAAUAAUCAAGAUUCCAGAAAUCCAUCAAAAGAACAGAAUAUUAAAAGCAGUCAGGGAAAAGAAGCAGAUUAUCUACAAUGGAAAAAUUAUCAAAAUAGCAACAGACUUAUCAACACAAACUGUCAAAUUGAGAAGAGCCUGGUGGGAAAUAGUCUAAACCCUGAAAGAAAAUAAUCUGUAACCAAGACCCAUGUACCCAGAAAAAGUCUCUCUCAAAAUUAAUGGAGAAAUAAGAUGUUUCCAAGACAAGGAGGAACUGUGGGAGUUCAUAGCCACCACCCCAACUCUACAAAAAAUACUGAAGGACAUUCCAGAAAGAGAGGAAAAAAUACCAAGAUUCCAGCAACAGUGGCAUAGAGGCCUCAAUGAAUGAGGCAGACAGUGGAAUGAAGGAGUAAGAUGGACAAAUUAUAGCAGUAAAUGUCGAGUAGCAGACAUGAGGCAGAGAUGGAUGUGAUAACUGGACUUAGUCCCCUGCUCUUCAGGAAGCUCAGUAAUCCUGACAUAUUUUCAUCUACUGGAAAAGCUAAACUCCAGCGACAGUUUAGUCAGGAUGAUUGUAAGUUACGAAGAGGAAGCCUGGCCAGUUCCCUGUCAGGUAAGCAGCUGCUCCCUUUGUCCAGCAGUGUACAUAGCAGUGUGGGACCGGUGACUUCGCAGUCUUCAGGAGAAGCAUCAAACCUAGUUCGAAUGAGAAACCAGUCCUUUGGACAGUCUGCACCUUCUCUUACUGCUGGAUUGAAGGAGUUGAGCCUUCCACGAAGAGGCAGUUUUUGUCGGACAAGUAACCGUAAGAGCUUGAUUGUAACCUCUAACACAUCACCUACACUACCACGACCGCACUCCCCUCUCCAUGGCCACACAGGUAACAGUCCUUUGGACAGCCCCCGGAAUUUCUCUCCAAAUGCACCUACUCACUUUUCCUUUAUUCCUGGCCGCAGCCAUGGCCACAGAGCAGACAGGACGGAUGGACGGCGUUGGUCUUUGGCCUCUUUGCCUUCUUCAGGCUAUGGAACCAAUACUCCUAGCUCUGCUGUUUCGUCAUCCUGUUCUUCACAAGAAAAGCUUCAUCAAUUGCCUUUUCAGCCUACAGCUGAUGAGCUGCACUUUCUGACAAAGCAUUUCAGCACUGAGAGUGUGCCAGAUGAGGAGGGACGCCAAUCUCCAGCCAUGCGGCCCCGCUCCCGCAGCCUUAGUCCUGGACGGUCUCCAGUUUCCUUUGACAGUGAAAUAAUAAUGAUGAAUCAUGUGUACAAAGAAAGAUUCCCAAAGGCCACUGCACAAAUGGAAGAACGACUAGCAGAGUUUAUCUCCGCCAACGCUCCAGACAGUGUAUUGCCCUUGGCAGAUGGAGCCCUGAGCUUUAUUCAUCACCAGGUGAUUGAGUUGGCUCGAGACUGCCUGGAUAAAUCUCGGAGUGGCCUAAUUACAUCACACUACUUCUACGAACUUCAGGAGAAUUUAGAGAAACUUCUGCAAGAUGCUCAUGAGCGCUCAGAGAGCUCGGAGGUGACUUUUGUAAUGCAGUUGGUAAAAAAACUGAUGAUUGUCAUUGCCCGCCCAGCUCGACUCUUGGAGUGCCUGGAGUUUGACCCUGAAGAGUUCUAUCACCUGUUAGAAGCAGCUGAGGGUCACGCCAAAGAGGGACAUGGAAUUAAAUGUGACAUUCCCCGCUACAUUGUUAGCCAACUGGGCCUUACGCGGGAUCCCCUCGAGGAAAUGACCCAUUUGAGCAGCUAUGACAGUCCUGAUACUCCAGAGACAGAUGAUUCAGUUGAGGGCCGUGGGGCAUGUCUGCCAUCUAAAACGACCCCCUCUGAAGAGGACUUUGAAACAAUUAAGCUCAUCAGCAAUGGCGCUUAUGGGGCUGUAUUCCUGGUACGGCACAAGUCCACCCGGCAGCGCUUUGCCAUGAAGAAGAUCAAUAAACAGAACCUGAUCCUACGGAACCAGAUCCAGCAGGCCUUUGUGGAACGUGACAUACUGACCUUUGCUGAGAACCCUUUCGUGGUCAGCAUGUUCUGCUCCUUCGAGACCAAGCGCCACUUGUGCAUGGUGAUGGAAUAUGUUGAAGGAGGAGACUGUGCCACUCUGUUGAAGAACAUUGGCGCUUUGCCUGUGGAUAUGGUGCGUCUGUACUUUGCGGAAACUGUGCUGGCCUUGGAGUAUUUACACAACUAUGGCAUUGUGCAUCGUGACCUCAAGCCUGACAACCUCCUGAUUACAUCCAUGGGACACAUCAAACUCACUGACUUUGGACUUUCUAAAAUUGGCCUUAUGAGUCUGACAACCAAUUUGUACGAAGGCCACAUUGAAAAGGAUGCCCGGGAGUUCCUAGACAAGCAGGUGUGCGGGACGCCAGAGUACAUAGCACCUGAGGUGAUCUUGCGUCAAGGCUAUGGAAAGCCAGUGGACUGGUGGGCCAUGGGCAUAAUCCUGUAUGAGUUCCUGGUGGGUUGCGUCCCUUUCUUUGGAGAUACUCCGGAGGAGCUCUUUGGGCAGGUGAUCAGUGAUGAGAUUGUGUGGCCUGAGGGUGACGAUGCACUGCCUCCAGAUGCCCAAGACCUCACCUCCAAACUGCUUCACCAAAACCCUCUGGAGAGACUGGGCACAGGUGGUGCUUAUGAGGUAAAGCAGCACCCAUUCUUUACUGGGCUGGACUGGACAGGACUUCUUCGCCAGAAGGCUGAAUUUAUUCCUCAACUAGAGUCAGAAGAUGACACCAGCUAUUUUGACACCCGCUCGGAGCGAUACCACCAUGUGGACUCAGAAGACGAAGAGGAAGUGAGUGAGGAUGGCUGCCUCGAGAUUCGCCAGUUCUCCUCCUGCUCUCCAAGGUUUAGCAAGGUAUACAGUAGCAUGGAGCGGCUUUCCCUGCUUGAGGAACGCUGGAUGCCACCCCCUACUAAGCGCAGCCUGAGUGAGGAGAAGGAGGAUCACUCAGAUGGCCUGGCAGUGCUGAAGGGCCGAGACCGUAGCUGGGUGGUUGGCUCCCCUGAGAUAUUACGGAAGCAGCUGUCAGUGUCUGAAUCGUCCCACACAGAGAGUGACUCGAGCCCUCCAAUGACAGUGCGACGCCACUGUUCAGGCCUCCUGGAUGUCCCUCGCUUUCCUGAGGGCCCUGAGGAGGCUAGCAGUACUCCUAGGAGGCAGCAGCAGGAAGGGAUAUGGGUUCUGACACCCCCAUCUGCAGAGGGAGCAUCUGGACCUGUCCCUGAACGGACAGUGGAACAACAGCUGAAAUUGGAUGAAGAGCCUCUUAGGCAGGGCAGCAGUUCCUGUCCGGCCAUAGAGACCAGAGGUCGUGGGAACCCACAGCUGGCUGAGGGAGCCAAGGCCAUCAGUGACUUGGCUGUGCGUAGGGCUCGUCACCGGCUACUCUCUGGGGACUCUACAGAGAAACGCACCACUCGCCCUGUCAACAAAGUAAUCAAGUCUGCCUCAGCUACAGCCCUUUCCCUCCUCAUUCCUGCAGAGCACCACACCUGUUCUCCACUGGCCAGUCCCAUGUCCCCACACUCCCAGUCAUCCAACCCGUCAUCCAGGGACUCUUCUCCAAGUAGGGACUUCUUGCCAGCCUUUGGCAGCUUGAGGCCUCCCAUCAUCAUUCACCGAGCUGGCAAGAAAUAUGGUUUCACUCUGCGGGCCAUUCGUGUCUACAUGGGUGACUCCGAUGUCUACACUGUGCACCACAUGGUGUGGCAUGUGGAAGAUGGAGGUCCAGCCAGCGAAGCAGGGCUUCGUCAGGGUGACCUCAUCACUCACGUCAAUGGGGAACCUGUACACGGGCUGGUGCACACAGAGGUGGUAGAGCUAAUCCUGAAGAGUGGAAAUAAGGUAUCUAUUUCGACAACUCCCCUGGAGAACACCUCCAUUAAAGUGGGGCCGGCUCGGAAAGGCAGCUACAAGGCCAAGAUGGCACGAAGGAGCAAGCGGAACCGGGGCAAGGACGGGCAGGAAAGGAAAAGAAGCUCCUUGUUCCGAAAGAUCACCAAGCAGGCCUCCCUGCUGCACACCAGCCGCAGCCUUUCUUCCUUGAACCGCUCAUUGUCAUCAGGGGAGAGUGGGCCGGGCUCUCCCACACACAGCCACAGCCUUUCUCCCAGAUCUCCUACUCAGAGCUACCGAGUGGCCCCUGAUGCUGUACACUCAGUGGCAGGCAAUUCAUCACAGAGCAGCUCCCCCAGCUCCAGCGUACCCAGUUCCCCAGCUGGCUCUGCACAUACUCGGCCCAGCUCUCUCCAUGGUUUGGCCCCCAAGCUUCAACGUCAGUACCGCUCUCCCCGGCGCAAGUCAGCAGGCAGCAUUCCACUGUCACCACUGGCCCACACUCCUUCUCCACCACCGGCAGCUUCCCCUCAGCGUUCCCCGUCACCGCUGUCUGGUCAUGGGGCCCAGGCCUUUCCUUCUAAACUUCACUCAUCACCUCCACUGGGCAGGCAACUCUCCAGGCCCAAGAGUGCGGAGCCACCUCGCUCACCACUACUUAAGCGGAUACAGUCUGCUGAGAAAUUGGCAGCUGCACUGGCUGCUUCUGAGAAGAAGCGACCCCCUUCUCACAAGCAUGGGCUUGACCUGCCCCACUGUGAGCUAAAGAAGGAACUGUCACCCAGGGAAGGCAGCCCUCUAGAGGUAGUUGGAACCAGGGCUGUGCUGUCUGGGAAAGGUACACUCCAAGGGAAGGGAGUGCUGCAGUCUGCUCCUUCGCGAGCCUUAGGCACGCUCCGGCAAGACCGAGUUGAACGACGAGAGUCACUUCAAAAGCAAGAAGCUAUCCGAGAGGUAGAUUCCUCAGAGGAUGACACUGACGAUGACCCAGAGAACAGCCAGGGUGUACUGGAGUCAAACUUGGCACCCAACCCAGAAGUGGGCCAGAGUCUACCCUCUAGAGGAGCAAGAGAGGAUAGGAAAAAGGAAACCAUCUUACCCAAGGACCCAAGGAACCAGGGUUCAUUGGUCCCAGGCCUUCUGACAGGGGUGAUCAUGGGACCUUCCAAAAUAGGUUCUGCUGUUCCCCAGAGGAGGCUUGUGAGCCCACAGGCCUUUGAGGAGGCUACCAGCUUCUCCUUACCACCCUCUAGCCUGGGGAGGUGUGGACCCACAGACCUCUCCCCCACUGAUAGCUGCUUAAAGGCCCAGCACCUCCACACCCAGGCAUUGACUGCACUUUGUCCCAGCUCUUCUGGACACAUCCCCACCAGCUGUUCUGCUGGCAGUCCUACCACUGGGAUGCCAAGCACAUGGUCCUGGAAGUUCCUUACUGAGGGCCCAGACAAGGCAUCCUCAAACAGAAAGACAGCAGCAGGUGGGCUAGCCAGUCCUCAGGAUUUGCAAACCACAGCUCUGGAUCAUCCUAAAAACCUGUCUUCUGGACAAGGUGGGAAAUCACAGUCACUUGAUUCCCCUGGUCUGGCCUGUCCACCUUGUGAGGUUCUCACUCAAACCCAGCAAUGGGAGCAAGAAUGUGCACAAAUGAAGAAAGAAGAGCCAUCCCUGAGCAUCAAAGUGCCUGAUGUCUCAGGUGACAAGAGGCAGAAUGUUCCAUACCGAGGCUGCACACUCGCCCAAGAGACUGAACCCAACCUGUUCUGGAGGGGCCAAGAACCAGGGAGCCAUCAAAAGCAUCAGGACAUCCCAUUGACACCUGAUGAGUUGUUCAAGCAAACAUAGCAGUUGUUGCCAAUUCUUGUACUUAGACCUGUGUAAUACACACUCCUGAAAACCA